AUGGUCAAACAUUCCUCACAGUACUUUCCUGUCAAUGCUGUUGACAAUGACAACGAGGAGGAAUCAUUUAGUGAUGCAGAAAGGUUACGUGCAGGACGUUUGCAUGGAAUCCUUCGCGUAUGGCCUAUGUUGAGCCAUGGCACGUUGAUAUUCACAUCGAUACUCUUUUUCGCGCUGUGGAUGGGCACGCCUUCGCCCCACCUGCAUGACGACAUUCCUAUAUACUCUCCAGCAAGUGGUGCUGUUGAAUCCACGAUCGUAAGAUUCAAUGGAACGCUCGACUUUCCUUCCAUCUAUCGUGGCCCUCCUUCCCCAGAAAUUGAUGCGGCUUGGGCCAGGAUAGCUCACGAUGUGCUGCCAACUCGGAUGUCACUUGAAGAAAUGCUUAAAGCCGGCGAAGUAGACUCACCUUCCAAGGUCAAAUAUCCACCCGAAUUUGGUGGGGGCUUCAUGGUAUCUAUGGAAGCCCCUCACCAACUCCACUGUCUGAAUUUACUUCGCAAAGCCUCGUGGCCUGAGUAUUACGGCCCCAAGGAUGUUUCAUUCCAGGAUACGCCCGAAGUAGUCCGCUUGCAUCUUGAUCAUUGCAUCGAAAUGAUCAGGCAGAAUCUCAUGUGUAAUGCCGAUGUGACGACAAUAACAUGGGACUGGGUUAAGGGACACAACAUCCCAUACCCGAACUUCAACACCCGCCACCAAUGCAGGAACUACGAGAAAAUCUUGGAUUGGGCUGUCGAGCAUGCUGUUCAUAUCCCUCAAUCGGCGGUCACUCGUGUCAAAGAUACAGUUGACAUGCCCUUGCCCCCCCAUCUGAUGCACGUUGAUGUGUGA